CGUCUCAAAAACGCAGUGUGUGUGUGUGUGUGUGCUUGCAUGUGUGAGAAAGUGACGAAUUACUUUUCAUCAAAUGGGAAAUAAUUUAGUUUGAAAACACGUAUAUAUCCAGAGCAGCUGAAAUUUACAGUUUGUAAAAAUUAUUUAGAGACUACGAGCUAAAUCGGCAAUAUAAAUUAUUCCUGAAACACGACAACUCACCAACGAAAUGGCGGAAGGCGGCAGUAAACGCAUCAACGUGGUUGUGAAAACGCCAAAGGACAAGAAAACGGUGGAGGUUGACGAAGAUUCUGGAAUAAAAGAUUUCAAAAUUCUGGUUGCACAAAAGUUCGAGGCGGAGCCCGAACAGCUGGUGCUUAUUUUUGCCGGCAAAAUUAUGAAGGACACGGACACAUUGAAGAUGCACAAUAUCAAGGACAACCUGACGGUGCAUUUGGUGAUCAAGUCGCCGACCCGCAACAACGAGGCACCGGCCCGUGCCCCCGCCGAUGUGCGCCAGACGCCGUUCGGCCUGAAUCAGUUCGGAGGCCUGGCUGGGAUGGAGGCACUUGGCGCCGGAUCGAACACUUUCAUGGACCUGCAGGCCCGCAUGCAGAACGAGCUGCUGAACAACGGUGACAUGCUGCGCUCCCUAAUGGACAAUCCGCUGGUGCAGCAGAUGAUGAACAAUCCGGAUACGAUGCGUCAGCUGAUUACGUCGAAUCCCCAGAUGCAGGAUCUCAUGCAGCGCAAUCCCGAGAUCUCGCACAUGCUGAACAAUCCGGACCUGCUGCGCCAAACGAUGGAACUGGCCCGCAACCCGUCGAUGUUGCAAGAGCUUAUGCGUUCGCAUGACCGCGCCAUGUCCAACUUGGAGUCGGUGCCGGGCGGUUACAGUGCCCUGCAGCGGAUCUAUCGCGACAUCCAGGAGCCAAUGAUGAAUGCGGCCACCGAGUCUUUUGGCCGCAAUCCGUUCGCCGGUCUGGUCGAGGGCGGAGGAUCGGGAGCGGGUGUUAACCCCCAGCAGGGUACCGAGAACCGCAAUCCGCUGCCGAAUCCCUGGGGCGGUGGCGGCACCAACUCCACGACAAACGGCACUGGCGGAGGAGCCGGCGCAGGCACCGGGGGUACGGGCAACCGGACAGGGGACUUGCCCCCAAACAAUGUCCUCAACUCCCCAGCCAUGCGCAGCCUUAUGCAGCAGAUGGCGGAUAAUCCAGCGAUGAUGCAGAACCUGCUCAACGCCCCGUACACCCGGUCGAUGAUGGAGACCAUGUCGCAGGAUCCGGAGAUGGCUUCGCGUUUGCUGAGCACCAGCCCUCUGCUCUCAAACAAUCCCGCCAUGCAAGACCAGGUGCGCCAAAUGAUGCCCCAAUUCAUGGCACAGAUGAAUAAUCCGGAAGUGAUGAACAUGAUCACCAAUCCAGAUGCCAUGAACGCCAUCCUGCAGAUACAGCAGGGCAUGGAACAACUACGCAGCGCGGCACCUGGCCUUGUCGGUACCUUGGGCAUUCCGCCACCACCACCGGGUGUUAACUCCGCAUCGGAUCCAGCCAGCGGCGAUGGCACCACCACCACUGCUAAUAAUGUUUCGCCGCCGAGUGGUGGUAAUGCCGCAUCGACCGCUGGCACCGCCGGCGUCCCCAACUUGGCACCCGGCGGUGGCCCGAAUGCCCAGCUCUUCAAUGACUUUAUGAUGCGUAUGCUCAACGGUAUGUCCAACAAUGCGGACAGCACGCAGCCGCCGGAGGUUCGUUAUCAGUCGCAGUUGGAACAGCUCGCCGCAAUGGGAUUUGCCAAUCGUGAGGCCAACUUGCAGGCUCUUAUCGCUACCUUCGGAGACAUUAAUGCAGCGGUAGAGCGUCUGCUGUCCCUCAACCAGUUGUCCCUGAGUUAACAACGUUAAGCCACUUUCAAAACUGUACACACAACCUGUCUUUAUAUCUUACAAAACUACAACUAUAUCUACCACUACAACCUGGAGAAUGCUGCGAAUACUAGAACGAGAAACGAUAACGAGAUCACGACGAGAAAAGGAACAAAAAACGAGAUCCCCUUAUGCCCAAAAAAACACACAACUAACACCCACGAAAACAAGCACACAACACUAUCCACAAUUGAUCAGCGCGCGCUGAUUGUUAUUCCUAUCCACGAUGCGGGAACUACCUUGAAUCCUAAACGCCCACAUACUUAUCCUUAUCGCAGUCCCUACACCUAACACACAGUCUAAACACACACACACACACACACACACACACAAUAUACACCUUAUUAACGAGAGACGAUAUAGAAGAUCCGCCUAGAGAACGGGCGAGAUGAAAGAAUCUGUCGGAACGGUGGACAGAUCUAGAUGAUAUAUAUAUAUAUGAUUGCAUACCAAAGUUUCGACAGUUGCAUAGUUGAAGAUACUAUAUAUAUUUUUUUUUUAAUUGUUUAACUUGAAGAGAGAGAGAAAGACGCUCUGUAAGACACCUGAAUUACCAUUAAAACCUUAAAGCGGAAAUGGGUUAAACCACAACAUAAUCCAAUAUGGAACAUGGCAUUGUAUUUGCAAGAUCAUAUACAUCCAGCCAACCGCAAACAUACACACACACAUACACAUGCAACACACAAACACAUCUACAGGCAUUCUACACUUGAAGAAAAAAGGAACAUUUCACGCAUUUAACAUUCACUGUUUUAUAAUAAACUUCAACAUUUCUGUGCUCUCGUUUAUCAUUGUAAAUUGUAACCAAUAUUUUCAUGCCGCCACCACCACCCAUCCUCCCUCCGCGUGAUAUCUAGACUUGUGUGCUAAAACAAUAAGGUGGGAGAUAACGAGUGUGGGUGUUCCUGUGGAUCAGUUCGGAUGGGAUAGGAUCUCCUUCUAUCAUCUGCCAGCCCUCUCCUUUUUCUCGGAAAUUCGCAAAUCCGUUCUUGUGAAUCCAGACAGCCGCAAUCAGUGGGACAUAUACUUUAUAUAUGUGUUUAUCUAUAUGCGAAUAUAUAGAUAUAUUAAAUAUUCCAUGGUGUUAAAAGACGUAAACUAUUUAAAUUCCUUAGUAAAAAAAAAAAAACAAAACAAAAAAAAGAAGAGAGAACCCCACUUUAUCCUUUUAUCUUAAUCUAGCUAUUACUUUGUAUUCACACCUGAUCGCCGUGUGCUUGGCGAGGGGCAUGGGGUAAGGUAGGAUGGGGCGACGGGCGGAUGUGUCCUCCCCCAGCUUCCUUUCGUCUUGUAGAAGGUGCUGCCCCCCUGGAGAGCUGGAGAGAUUGGGAACCGGGUGGGUGGGAUGAGUAAGUAAGAUGGUAAGCUGGGCCGGGCGAUCAGAGAUCGGAGCUACUUUUAUUCGUUUAGUGGAGGAAGUGAAACUAAGUAACUAAUUGUAAAUGGUCACAUGUUUUAAAACAAAUGAAUAAAGCUGCUUUGGUUUUAGAUAAUAGA